AUGGAUCCAGAAACAAACUGGAUGCCAGUUUCUCAGUGGAACUUGGAUCAGCUACGAGGCAUUUGGUCCCAACUCCAGACCCAGGUGAAUCCAUUUGCACAUGUCCUCUGUUUGGAUGGAAAUCUUUACCGAAUGCUGGAUGAUGGGGCAAAGAAUUUCAUUGUUCAAAACUUCAUACAUCACGUCAAAGAGCCAGUGUUGUAUUGCAUUGACGGAACCGGCCCUGAUCGUGUCUACUUGGGAGCUCCACGACAUUUUGUAACUGGUGGUGGGAUUCUUAUUCAACCCAGUGGCUCGGAUCCAUUUUGGGUCAUUCGCAAUGAAAUAAAGUUGAGAACUGCAACAAUAUGCCCGCCUCCUGUAUCUACGAAGGCCACAAAGAUUCCGCGUCCUCCAAAUGCGUACAUUCUUUACCGAAAAGAACGCCACAAUACCGUGAAGGAAGCAAACCCAGGCAUCACAAACAAUGAAAUUUCUCAAAUCCUUGGCCGAGCAUGGAAUCUUGAGUCACGAGAAGUACGCCAAAAGUAUAAAGACAUGGCCGAUAGGGUGAAGCAGGCACUACUGGAAAAGCAUCCAGAUUACCAAUAUAAGCCCCGAAAGCCAUCUGAGAAGAAACGUCGCACCAGGAGAAAUGCACAAUCGCAAGUGUCAAUGAACUCGGCUACCGGAGACUUUACAAUUUCCUCUCCUGAGUGCAUGAUUCCUCUAACUCCGGCUGGUUCUCACGUCGUUGUCUAA